CGUCGUCGAAGAAUCCAGUAAAUAGAACCCCGGAGCACGAGCCGAGUGUCGUUGCUGACGUCACGGCCGUACGUUGAGAGCUGGAGCUGAGUUGUAAGCGCGAGCUCAGACGGAGGCGCGCCGAGGGAACAGCUACAGCUAUGGUGCUCUGUUCUUCUUCGUGAGGACGAAAUCAGCCACUUUUAUUCUCGUUGACGUAUUUUUCCGUCUUCUCUGCGACGUAAACAAGCUGUCGGACAUUUUGAAAUCGCUUCGGGGAUACAAUAUGUCCUCCACGGCGGUCGCUGCCUCCAGAAGGCAGUCCUGUUAUUUAUGCGACUUGCCCCGCAUGCCGUGGGCGAUGAUCUGGGAUUUUACCGAACCCGUCUGCCGUGGAUGUGUGAACUACGAAGGUGCCGACCGGAUUGAAUUCGUUAUCGAGACUGCCAGGCAGCUAAAGAGAGCACACGGCUUUCAGGACGGCCGCUCUCCGGGCCCGGGGAAACCCCAGCACGCCGGGAAAGAGAUCAAUCACUCGGUUGGAGACCCGGGCUCCCGUCCCCCUCAACCUCUGGAUCGUUAUCCGCUGUCAGACAGGCCGCCGCGGCUGGGCCCGGAGUACCAGGCGGGCAGGCAGUCGAACGGCCUCCCGAUGCCCAACGGAUUUCCCAAACCCGACGAGCCCCCUGAGCUAAACCGCCAAAGCCCCAACCCCCGCAGGACUAGCACGGUUCCUCCCAGCUUGGUGCCUUUGGUAAACGGCGGGAUACCUGCCAUACAUCCGCUCAGCGGCCGCCCGACACAGAUCGGUCUGACCGGCGCUCUGAUCGCGCCUGUCCCCGGGGAGCACGGCAAGCGCCCGGAGGAGCUGAAAGACAAGCACCGGGCGGACAGCAUGUCGGACAUGUCGGACAGCCACAAGGACUGGAUAAACAAAGGCAAAACUGUCAGGGACCUGAUGCUGCACACGUUCGACGGCAGGGUAAAGAAGGACCACACCGCCAUGCAGCGGGUCAUGGCGUACGAAAUGAGUGGCACUUCCUCAAAAACAGACAGGGGGAAGCACCCUCGGCCUGGGAAGAGGAAGGCCUCCCCUGAGCCAGAUGGUGAGAGCAGUGCCCCCAAGAUGAAUGGCAGUGAGGGCCAGCCAUGGCUCCCCUCACCCUCUGAAGUCCUGAAGAUGCCCCCAGCUGCCCUACCAGGCUUCUCUGCGGCGCCUCCAUCAACCAUCUCCCCCCACUCCCGCACCACACCGCCUGAGGCUGCCACAGCGCAGAAUGGCCAGUCCCCCAUGACUGCACUCAUCCUCGCCACUGACAACGCAGGCAGCACCGGCUCACCUAAGGACGGCAGCCAGGUACAUUCCACCGUGGCGGGGGCACGACGGAACAGCGGGAGCCCCCUCUCACCCUCACAGAGGAGGCUGGCCCAGAGAGAGGGGCCCGUGAGCGCCAACCCCUCCGCUCCGCAUGGUCCCGGCAGUAUGGAGCCACCGCCGCAGAGCAUUCCGGAUUCCUCUGUGCCACCGAGCAGCAUGCCGCUGUGUUGCACUCUGUGCCAUGAGCGGCUAGAGGACACUCAUUUUGUCCAGUGCCCUUCAGUGCCCUCUCACAAGUUCUGUUUCCCCUGCUCCCGGGAGAGCAUCAAGCAGCAGGGGGCCACCGGCGAGGUGUACUGUCCCAGUGGUGAAAGGUGCCCGCUGGUUGGCUCCAAUGUACCCUGGGCCUUCAUGCAGGGGGAAAUAACCACCAUAUUGGCCGGAGAUAUAAAGGUAAAAAAGGAGCGGGACCCUUAAAAAGUUCUCAGACUGCUUCUCGUGAACUUUUUUCCCUCUUGUAACCCAAGUAUGGCAACAACAGCAGGACAUAAAGUAACAGACGCAGCUCACCCAGCAAACCUCAGAGGAGCUGGCAGACAUGUACAUAGUGAACGCAGGGGAGUGUAUACUUCAUAAAUGUGGCAGUAAAAUUUGACUUUUUUCUUUAAUACAUUGUUUCUUACUGUGUUUCCAGUAAGACUUUUCCUUUUUCCCACCACAGCUGUUUCUUCUCAGUCUGUCGUUGUACUUUAGGUCUGCAGACAGUCCCUGUCGAGCAUAGAAUGUGACUAAUUUGAGCACUUGGCAAAAUCCUUUAAUAAAUGAAACAAAAAAUGCUUCUAGCUGUACAUGUAUGCACUUGUUUAAGAAAAAAACUUGCCAAAUACAGUUUCAGACCUUGUAAUAAUACCCCCAGUGUCUCUGUGGUUUGCUUAUUUUCCAUAAUCCUGGAGUUGGUCGGAGAGUCAUGGCCUGAUUGUGAAUCAGUCAUGAUGCAAUCCCUCCCAGCAGGAACAAACUGGCUUCCAGGGAACAGUGGGUGGAAGGGGAAAAGUCAGGGAGCGAGGGAGAUGGAAGAGGGGGGAUGAAGGCCGCAGUAGAAGUGCGUUGCAUAAAUGUACUGUAAAUCGCACGUGGGCGAGCCGAGGCUGCUCGGCGCUGAGGCCUCGUGCCCUGUGAGUGCGGGGGGAGAUAAGGAGGGCCUAAAAAUAGUCACUGUGGCUUCAAAGUGACGCCUGCUCAGGCGUUUGUUGAUGUCAAAACAACUGCCUCAUAUGUCCUGUUUGGGCACUUUGUUUGGAUCUAGAGGUUUUCUCUUUGCUUCUCCCUCAUCGACCCAAAUCAGCCUGACAUCUCGUCAGAUGCUGGCAGCAGAUCAGAGCUGUUGCUGACUGAAUACACGCCCUGAUUCCAAUGAAAGCACAUGGGAGACGUGAGGUCAUGAGCGGCGGAGGCCCACAGGGACUGUUAGCGCAGGAACUGAGCGAUCAGCCCUUUGCUUUCCUCCUCCUUUCCCUUCUCUCUCCUCAUGUUACACCCUCUGUCACGCUGUCAGGAUGACGGAAAUACCUCAGGGCUCUCUUUUCUGAUUCAGACAGGCUUCGUUCUCCACAACAAAGCGGCUUCAUCAGACAAAAUGGCUCCUGUCAGAGCGGAUUUGGACGAGCCUUAAAUCCCCCCCACGCUCUCGCCCCCGUGUCAGCCACGUUUAUUUGGCUUAUUUGCUUUGCUUUUACUUCAAACCUAAACGUGUAUAUCAAAGUGUCGUCUGUGGAUAUUCUCUCGCUGUCACGUUUGACUGCUUUGACUUCAGGAAGAAAAUAAGGAGGGGGCCCUGCUUCAGAGUAAGGGGGUGGGAGUAAAUGCCUUGCUGAGGGGUCACGUGCUCCUUAGUGGAAUUCCUGAGUCACUGUCCUCCCUCCCUCCUCUUCUAAUGUCUCCUCCCCCCUCUCUACUGCAGUAACACGGCUUCCACUUUUCAAGGCUGCUGAGCGCACAGACAGCAGAUGAAUGGGGCCUGUAUGUGUUUAUGCCAGGACACCAUCCAGAGAGGAAAACGUUAACCCUUUCCCAGCUUUCUCCCUCCACAGACAACACAUUUAAAAGGAAAGCCGUUUCCUUCCUGGUGGAGCUGUAUCUGCACUGGAGAGCUGGAGGGGAGGCUGUUCUUUCAAACUGUACUGAUUUUGAAAAUUUUUCAGGAAAUUUUAUAUCAUAAACAUCUAUAACUUGUCAGUCCAGGUCAGCAGACUAGUAGGUCAGUGGUGGGUUUGGUUAUGCAAUGGCGCUUUUCCUUGAAUGAAAUUCCUCUUACUUUGCAAUCAGCAGUAGACAGGCCUUUACACUCCUGUAAAUCUGUCACUGGGACACACAGACAGCCUCUUAGGUCUAACAGAGUUCAUAUGAGUCACAGUUAUUUGAUACUUGGUGGUAAUAAGGAACAUCAAGCUUCUGCAUCACUCCCAUGUGUA